AUGACUCGAACAGGUAUUACUGAAAAGGAAAUCUUUUCCUCAAUUUCUAAAACCUACGUGGCUCAGUCAUAUGACAAAUUAUUAACAAUCCAUAAAAAUACAUGCAAAAUCUUUGAUUUGAAAAAUAAAGAAAUGGAAGAGCCGGAUGUCAUAGAUACCGUAGCCAACCCAACACUAGCAUAUACUCCCCUGUUCAUUGAUGAAAAUACCAAGAAAUUGGGGUUUUUUUUAGUUAACAAGGAUGAUGAGACUGUUUACCUAUACCAAGAUUCAAAUAUCACUCAGGCAACAGGUAAAUAUAUACAUCGUGCUAUUUUAAAUAUCAACGACAUUGCUUUGUGUCAUGGAGGGAAAAUUUUGGCCAUUGGUGGUACUGAUACCGAAAUUCAACUGAUUAAUCUAUCAGAUAGUUCUUCUUCUCAGGUUAUUAAAGCCCCAAACAGUGUUUUAAAUUUGGCAUUUUCCAAUGUUUUAAACGUAUUGGGUGUUUCCUUUAUAGAUGGGAGUAUUGCUUUGUAUUCAUUAAGUUCUGCAAUUCCAGAAAGAGUGGACAAUGGUGAUUUGAAAAAUUAUGUCACUCCAAAUUUUUCAGUUGCUGACGAUGACAGUGACAAAGAUGAAUUUCAUUCCUGCUCUAGAAUAGAAUUUGGUGAAAGUACCGGUGUUUUCGCAUGUUGUAAUAAUAAAAGUAUAUCUGUCUAUCAGAUCAAUAAUUUAAAUAAGGCAGUUAAAAAAUAUGAACAUGCUUUACCAAUUUUAGAUUUUAAAUAUGUUGGGAAUGAUAAUUAUAUUUGCUUGGUGGAUGAAAGCUCAAAAUGCAUAUUAUGGCAUGUUGCCACUGAAACAGUAGUGUAUUCAAAUACUAUAAUACCCAGCAAUAGUGAUAAUAUAAAUCACUUAACAAGUUUAUGUUGGAGUAAAAGCUACACUGAUCUUAAUAAUUUCAAUAUUUAUUGUGGUACCACAAACGGAACUGUUGUUUAUAUUGAAAAUAUUUUAUCGCCUGAAAACGUCUCUAUUUUCCCAACUUCCUCUACCACAAAUACUACUGAGAAGAAGGGUGUUGGAUUAUUUGUAGAUGACACUGCUUCCGAAGACGAACACGAUCAAAACAUUGUUGAUGAUAUUAACAAUAACAUUGACAUUAAAACUUUGGGGGACAUUAAUAAUGAUUAUGACGUAGAAGUUAGUGGUAACAAAAAAAGAGCACAUUUAGAUGAAUAUGAUGAUUUAGAUGAAGAAUUAAAUGACUUAAAGGAUGAUAAUUAUAUAGACGAUUACGAAAACGAAGAGUCCGGUGGUAUACUCUCCAAUCAGCAUAUUAAUAACAAGAAGUUGAAAGUCGGUUCUGGUUUUGCUAAUAAACCAUUAAAACCUUGGUCUCAAGCAUCAACCGAGUUUAAUUUUACUGAUAGACGAUAUUUGACAAUAAAUACCGUUGGAUAUGUUUGGGCAGUUAAAAGUAAUGGCUCUCACAGUGUAACUGUUUCAUUUUUUGAUAAAACUUUUAAAAAGGAGUACCAUUUUGAAGAUGUUCAUCAUUUUGACAUUUGUUCUUUGGGAGAAAAUGGGGUCUUGUUGGCUAGUUCUACCUCAGGAACAGUUUUUUACAGGUCACAUACAUCGGAUGAUGCCAAAUGGUUGAAAAAAAUGCCUUUAAAUUCUGUGGGGAAUCAUGAAAUCAUAACUAGUAUUGCAGUAACCAAAAAAUAUUGUUAUAUAGGUACUUCUUUUGGAAAGUUCUAUACCUUGAAUAUGUUUGGAUUUUGUGAAAACCUAUUCAAAAUGGCACCCGUUUGUGCAUUAGUGGCAGCGCCGGAAAACUCCAGAGUUUUUAUGGUGCAUAGUAAUAUUAGUGGACAGUUAUUAACUUUUUCCAUUUUUGAUCAUAAAAAAUAUUAUCAAAAGGAUCAAAUUUUGCCCUGCGAUUUUAAAAACAUCUUUUUUACACAAUAUGGUGAUCCGUGUUUAUUUUCUCAGGAUAAUAACCUAAUAAUUUUAAGUAAAUGGAGAAAUCAGUUUGAAAGUAGAUGGAUUCCUAUUUUGGACGUAAGUUUUGAGUUUUGGAGACUGACUGGAGAUUUUAAUUCCAAAAUCCCUUCCGGAGUUCACUGUUGGUGUUUAGGUGUAAAUGGUAGUUGUAAUAAUACCAUGACUUAUUUGUUGGUCAAAGGUAGUAAACAUUAUCCGGAUUUCCCAAUUUCUGUCCCGCAGGAAAUGACAGUCAGAAUACCAAUAAUAAAUAGAAAAGAAGUAAAGGAGAUCUUGGAAGAAAAAAAACAAGAUGAAGAGGAUGCUGGUAUUUACACCGAUGAACAAGGUGGGUUGGAACUGCCUAUUCAAUUUAAAGCUGAGGAAGAAUUUUUACGUUCCAAGGUUUGUGGUGAAAUGUUGCGUGAUACAUUGAAAACAGAUGGGGAAAUGUUUGGAGAUGAAGAAAGAGAUUUACUAAUAUUGAACACAACCUAUGAUAAAAGUUUAUUGAGGAUAAUUGCAAAUGCUUGUUCUGAAAACAAUACGAAUAAAGCUUUGGUGUUGGCUAAGGAGUUGAAACAAGACAAGGCAUUAGCUGCCGCUAUUAAAAUUGCGGAUAGGGCUGGAAUGGUGCAUUUGGCACAAAUGAUAGGGGAGCUUAGAGAAGCCCGAUAUGCGGCUGAAGCAGAAAAUGUUUGA